AUGUCAAGUUCAGCUUGGAUGCAAAGGUUGGAUAACCCUACCUUAACUGUCUUACCACACGAUUACUUACGUCCUCAAAAUGAGCCACUUUCCGAACAAGCUGAUUAUUCAUUACAAAUUCCACAACUUGAUUUGGCCCAUUCCACAUUCACAGACAGAUAUAUUGUCGCAUUAGCAGUUUGGACUGCUUUACUGUAUAGAUUAUCCGGUGAUGCUGAUAUUGUCCUAUACGUCACAAACAAUAAAGUACUAAGGUUUACUAUUCAACCGACUUUAUCAUUCCAGGAAUUAUAUACCGUCAUCUCCAAUGAAUUAGAGUCAUUAGAUAAAGAUGCUACAGAUAUUUCCUUUGAUACAUUAGCAGAGGAAAUUCAAGUUCAACAAGAUCUAGAGAAGGCUCCACAAUUAUUCCGUUUAGCAUUUUUAAAAGAUGAAUUCUCAAUCGAUUUAGCCCAAUUUAAACAUCAUCUAUUAGAUUUGGCUUUCAACUUAAUCUCACUUGACGGUCAUAUCCUACAAAUUACUUACAACAAACUAUUAUACUCAUCAGAGAGAAUUCAAAUCUUAGCAGAUCAAUUCAUUCAAUUCUUAUCUGCUGUCCUAUUGGAUCCAUCAUUAACCAUAACUAAAGUAUCCUUAGUGACACCAACCUCUGCUACUGCCCUACCAGAUCCGAAGGCUAACUUAGAUUGGUGCGGGUUUGUAGGUUGUAUCCAUGAUAUCUUCCAAGAUAAUGCUGAUAAAUUCCCAGAACGAACUUGUGUCGUCGAGACUCCAUCCUCAACAAAUAACAAAUCACGUAUUUUCACAUAUCAAGAGAUUAACAGAGCCUCUAACAUAGUAGCACAUUAUUUAAUUCAAACUGGUAUCAAGAGAGGUGACGUCGUCAUGAUUUAUUCCUCCAGGGGUGUCGAUUUAAUGGUAUGUGUCAUGGGUGUAUUGAAAGCUGGUGCCACAUUCUCAGUAAUUGAUCCUGCUUACCCACCGGCAAGACAAACUAUUUACUUAGGAGUCGCUAAACCACGCGGAUUGAUCGUCAUUAGAUCUGCUGGCCAAUUAGAUCAACUAGUAGAAGAUUACAUUACAAAUGAACUGGUAGUCAUUAGUCGUAUCCCAUCUAUUGCCAUUCAAGAUGAUGGUUCCAUUCAAGGUUCCAUCGACCCUACCAAUGAUGUUUUAGCUCCAUAUGAACAUUUGAAAGAUACACGUUCUGGUGUCGUCGUUGGUCCAGAUUCUAACCCUACUCUAUCAUUCACAUCUGGUUCUGAAGGUAUCCCAAAGGGUGUUCUAGGUAGACACUUCUCCUUAGCUUAUUAUUUCAAUUGGAUGUCCAAACAAUUCAAUCUAAGCUCAAAUGAUAAAUUUACAAUGUUAAGUGGUAUCGCUCAUGAUCCAAUCCAAAGAGAUAUGUUCACUCCAUUAUUCUUGGGUGCUCAAUUAUACGUUCCUACUCAAGAUGAUAUCGGUACUCCAGGGAAAUUAGCCGAAUGGAUGGGUAAGUAUGAAUGUACCGUGACUCAUUUGACUCCUGCUAUGGGUCAAUUAUUGACUGCUCAAGCUGUUACUCCAUUCCCAAAGUUACAUCAUGCUUUUUUUGUUGGAGAUAUCUUGACUAAACGUGAUUGUUUAAGAUUACAGACUUUGGCAGAAAAUUGUUGUAUUGUUAAUAUGUAUGGUACUACUGAAACUCAACGUGCUGUUUCUUAUUAUGAGGUUAAAUCUAGGAAUCAAGAUCCUAACUUCUUGAAAAAAUUGAAAGAUGUUAUGCCUGCUGGUAAAGGUAUGCUCAAUGUUCAAUUGUUGAUUGUCAAUAGGAAUGAUCGUACUCAAAUUUGUGGUGUCGGUGAAGUCGGUGAAAUUUAUGUUAGAGCAGGUGGAUUAGCUGAAGGUUACCGUGGACUACCAGAUUUGAACAAAGAAAAAUUUGUCAAUAAUUGGUUUGUUGAUAAAGAUCAUUGGAAUUAUUUGGAUAAAGAUCAUGGUGAACCAUGGAGAGAAUUUUGGUUUGGUCCAAGAGAUAGAUUAUACAGAACUGGUGAUCUGGGUCGUUAUUUACCAAACGGGAAUUGUGAGUGUUGUGGUCGUGCUGAUGACCAAGUUAAAAUCCGUGGGUUCAGAAUUGAACUGGGUGAAAUUGAUACUCAUAUUUCUCAGCAUCCUUUGGUUAGAGAAAAUAUUACUUUAGUUCGUAAGAAUGCUGAUAAUGAACCAACAUUGAUUACAUUUAUGGUCCCAAGAUUUGAUAAACAGGAAGAACUUUCCAAAUUCCAGAGUCCUGUUCCAGAAGAUAUUUCCUCAGAUCCAACUGUCAAAGGUUUAAUUGGUUAUCAUUUAUUGGCUAAAGAUAUUAAACUUUUCUUGAAAAAGAGAUUAGCUAGUUACGCCAUGCCUUCAUUAAUUGUUGUAUGGGACAAAUUACCUUUGAAUCCAAAUGGUAAAGUGGAUAAACCAAAGCUUCAAUUUCCAACUCCAAAGCAAUUGAACUUAGUUGCCGCUAACUCAGCGUCAGAUAUUGAUGAAACUGAGUUUACUCCAGUUGAACGUGAAGUUAGAGAUCUAUGGCUAAGUAUCCUACCUACUACCCCGCCUUCAGUUUCUCCUGAUGAUUCAUUCUUUGAUUUAGGUGGUCAUUCAAUUUUAGCUACCAAGAUGAUGUUUACUUUGAAAAAGAAGUUGAACAUAGAUUUACCAUUAGGAACUGUUUUCAAAUACCCAACUUUAAAGGCUUUUGCCAAUGAAAUAGAAAAGAUCAAAAAUUCUAAACGUGUUGAUGAAUUAAUUGAUGAUAAUUCAAAAACCGCUGAUUAUGCUGCCGACGCUAAAAAUCUUGUUGCUAGUCUACCAGAAAGCUAUCCAUCUCGUGAACAGUUCAUUGCUCCCUCAUUAGUUACUAAUCAACAAACUAUAAACGUGUUCGUUACAGGUGCUACUGGUUUCUUAGGUUCUUAUAUUCUAUCAAAUAUAUUGAACCGUUCUUCCUCUCCCUAUAAGUUCAAAGUCUUUGCUCAUGUUCGUGCUAAGGAUGAAGUCGCUGGUUUAGCUAGAUUACAAAAGGCUGCUACAACUUACGGUACAUGGAAUGCUAACUUUGUUGAUAACAUUGAGGUUAUUUUAGGUGAUCUAUCAAAAGUUAACUUUGGUUUAAGUGAUGAAAAAUGGGAACGUUUAACCAACGAAAUUGAUGUUAUUAUUCACAACGGUGCUUUGGUCCAUUGGGUCUAUCCAUAUGCUAAAUUAAGAGACAGUAAUGUUAUUUCUACCAUCAAUGUUAUGAAUUUAGCCGCUACUGGUAAACCGAAAUUCUUUGAUUUUGUGUCUUCUACCUCUACAUUGGAUACCGAGCAUUAUUUCUCCUUAUCAGAUAAAUUAUCAUCUGAAGGUAAGACUGGUAUAUUAGAGUCAGAUGAUUUGAUGGGUUCUUCUAAGGGCUUAGGUGGUGGCUAUGGUCAAUCCAAAUGGGCUGCUGAAUACAUCAUUAGACGUGCAGGUGAAAGAGGUCUUCGUGGUUGCAUUGUUAGACCCGGUUAUGUCACCGGUGCUUCUUCUAACGGUUCCUCAAAUACUGAUGACUUCUUAUUAAGAUGUUUAAAGAGUGCUGUUCAAUUAGGAAAGAUUCCAGCUAUUAAUAAUACUGUUAAUAUGGUUCCAGUUGAUCAAGUAGCUCAAGUUGUUGUUGCUACUGCGUUGAACCCACCAAAGGACGAUGAAUUAACUGUGGCGCACGUUACUGCUCAUCCACGUAUUCUUUUCAAGGAUUACUUGUAUUCUUUGAAGGACUAUGGUUAUGAUGUUGAAAUUGAAGAUUAUCAAUCAUGGGCUAAAGAUUUAGAACAUUCAGUAAUUGAUAAGAACGAAGAUAAUGCGCUAUAUCCAUUACUGCAUAUGGUACUUGAUAAUUUACCUGAAAAUACAAAGGCUCCUGAAUUAGAUGAUACUAAUGCCGUUACUUCAUUAAGAAGAGACAUUGAAUGGAGUGGCGUCGAUAGAACUGCAGGUAUGGGAGCAACUCCAGAACAAAUUGGUAUUUACAUUUCUUUCUUAAAUAUAGUUGGCUUUCUACCAGCACCUCCACGUAAAGGGAAAUCUCCAUUGCCUAAAGUUACUGUAUCUUCAGAACAAAUUGAAUUGGUUUCAUCUGGUGCUGGUGCACGUUCCAGUUCAGUCACUGCCUAA